GCUGAGCACCGGUGUCAACUAGGCGGGGGUUUGGGGAGAGCAUGCGCCUGCGCACUGGGUUCACUUUUCCGGCAACUCCGGCGCGUGCGUACUCUGUAUUCUGGUGGAGAAGCGUGCGCCUGCGCACUGGGCUGUGUUCGUGCACCUCCCAGGCCCGCGUCUAGCCGAAGCUGCCCCCGUACAGGGGGCGUCAUGGGCCAUAAGACUUGCGCGUUGCUGUCACUGGUGCUGCUGCUGUUGCUGCUGCUCCGGGCCGAGCGGCUCUGGGCCGCCGAGCUCACCUUCGAGCUGCAGGACAGUGCCAAGCAAUGCUUCUUCGAGGACGUGGCACUCGGGGAGCGCUUUUCCCUCGACUACCAGGUGAUCGCAGGUGGCCACUACGACGUGGACUGCUCGGUGGAGGACCCCCAGGGGCGCAGCCUGUAUCACGGCACCAAGAAGCAGUACGACAGCUUCACACAUCGCGCCGAGCUGGCCGGCGUCCACCAGUUCUGCUUCAGCAACGAGUUCUCCACCUUCUCACACAAGACCGUCUACUUCGACUUCCAGGUGGGGGACGAGCCCCCCAUCCUCCCGGACAUGGGCAGCCGGGUCACUGCUCUCACGCAGAUGGAGUCGGCCUGUGUCACCAUCCAUGAGGCACUGAAGUCAAUCAUCGACUCACAGACGCACUACCGGCUGCGGGAGGCCCAGGACCGAGCGCGGGCCGAAGACCUCAACAGCCGCGUGAGCUCCUGGUCUGUGGGCGAAACAGUAGCACUUCUGCUGGUCAGCCUGGGCCAAGUCCUGCUGCUCAAGAGCUUCUUCACGGACAAGCGGUCCAGCCCUUCCUAGGGCAUGAGGGUGGUGGGCAGCUGGGCUGGGUGUCUUCUGUCCUGUGCUGCACAGUCCAGUCAGGCAUCAGUCUCCUCUGCGUGGGUGACUGCAGAAGGAGAUGCUGAGGUGGCGGCCAUCUUGGGGCAGGGACUGCUGCCCGUAAUCAGGCCCCCAGGACAGAGGGAGCCUCUGCAGAGGGACCCUCUGCUCUCCCUGCUUCAGCCCGUCCAGAGCAGGCUGGAGCAUCCUGGAAAGAACAGAUGGUGGUGGUGUCUUACAUCGGGAGGGACUCAAUAAUAAACUGAGGUUGAGCCC